AUAUUACUUAUACUUCCAGAAUAUAAUUACUGUUAUAUUUGGAGUUCUAAAGGAACUUUCCCAUUAGACCAUACAAGAGAUUAGCACUAUAAAUAGAGUUCCCAACAUUUCGUGUGUCAAGAGGAACUUUCAUCCACAACAGUUGUUGACAUCCAAUUUUGUCUUAUACGAAACGUUUCUUUUACCAAACAAGAAAUGGAAAAUUACAAAGUUUGUGAAGCAGCAAUAGAAUAUCAAGACUUGUUACCCGUGAUGGCUGAAAAAUUGGACGUGGAGGCCUUUGUCGCGGAGCUAUGUGGAGGAUUCAGGCUGUUGGCAGACCCAAAAAAUGGCUUGAUCACAUCGGCGAGUUUGCAGAAGAAUUCGGGGCUUUUAGGGAUGGAAGGGAUGAAUCGAGAAGAUGCAGAGGCUAUGGUGAAAGAAGGAGACUUGGAUGGAGAUGGAGCAUUGAGUGAAACUGAGUUUUGUAUUCUUAUGGUUAGACUUAGUCCAGAAAUGAUGCAAGAUGCUGAGGUUUGGCUUGAUAAGGCACUUCAAAAAGAGUUGGCAAAAUCAUCUUGUUGAUAUCACAAUUGACAAUUGUCCAUCCGAAAAUAUGAAAUGAAAAAAAAAAAGAUGAUGAAGAGUACGUCUUAAUUAUCAUAUACAUGAUGGAUUGAAUGUAAGUGAUGUCCUUCCCUCUCAAUGAAUUAAUUGAAUGUUAAGUCAAUUUGUUCAUUCUCUUCUCUCUCAGUAGAUGUAAUAAGUUUGUGUCCUAGUUGAAUUAGUUGUGCAAUACCAAAGAGAGAUCAGAUGAUUCGAGUUAGUCAUCCAAAAUUAUGCCUUCAAGUUUGGAAUUUACAAGUUUCUGAUUGAGAUGAAAGUUUAUCUCAAUUCUCAA